AUGAAGCCGUGCCACAUUCUGGCGCAGAUAGGACACACCGUGCGCCUUGGUGCCCUUCUGCCCACCCGCCAGCCAGCCAGAGUGCAGGCUGCCUUGAACCGCGCCCUCACCGGUCUCGUUCAAACUGGGGACAACUUUCUACCUUACAACCUGAGCCUGGAAGUGGUUCCUCGAGAGCCGGCCAACGGAGACCCGGAGUCCCUUUUCAGGUGUGUUUGUCAGGCUAUCGUUGUUCAGGGGGUCUCCGCUGUUCUCGCCUUCCCCCAGACCCAGGAAGAGAUCAACCGCUUCCACUUGCAGAUGGUUACGCGGAUCCCCCCGUCAGGCCUGUCAGAGCUGCUGCUGACUAUUCUCCAGCGGAGCGGCUGGCAGGAGGGCAUGGCUGUGCUGUGCCAGGGCUGGGAGGAGGCUGGCCUGCUGGAACUACUGGAGCUCCAGAGCCGCCUUGGCUGGGGCGCCACCCGCUGGCACCUCCGAGGCCUCCUCAACCUCACCCGGGCCGGGCCCACAGAAUCCGAAAUCCAGGACUUCCUUUCGGAACACUUCCGGGGACAGGGGCCAAGUCAGAUUCUGCCACCAGCCGCGGUACUGCUGUUCGGGGCCGACCCGGAGUGUGCAGCGGCGGUGCUGCGGAGUGCCCAGGACUUGGGGCAUACGCUGCCCACAGUGCACUGGGUGCUGGGCUACCCGCUGAGCCCCGACACCCUGCACUCCAUCGGCCUGCCCCUGGGGCUGCUAGCCUACGGUGAGGUGGAGCGCAAGCCGCUGGACUUCUACAUCCGCGACGCGCUGCAGCUGGUGGGCCAAGCUGUGGCAGCAGCCACAGUGGUGCGUCCCGACCUGGCGCUCAUCCAGAACAUGGUCAACUGCUACGACAAGCCCAACAAGCACGAGGUGCCCUCGUCCGGACAGUAUCUCGCCAGAUUCCUGUCUAACACGUCGUUCUCAGGGCUGACAGGGCCGGUGUCGGUGCAGAGGAACCUGUCCCGGGUUCUCACCUCUCAGCGCUUCCACAUCUGGAGCCUGCGGCGGGAUGCGGUGGGCCAGCCCACCUGGGUGACGGUGGGCAGCUGGGAGGGGGGCCGCCUGAAGGUGGAGGACCAGAGCCUUUGGCAGGGUCCCAAUGGCAAGGGCCACGACCGGGGGGAGGGCCAGAGGAGUGGGGGCCGGUGGCAGCCAGGCAUGCCUGUGGCAGACAGCCGGGUGCGGGUAGUUACCCUGGUGGAGCAUCCCUUUGUAUUCACGCGGGAAGUCGAUGAGGACGGGAACUGCCCGGCGGGACAGUACUGCCUGGAUGCAGGGACGAACAGCUCGGACAUGCUGGAGAGCUACUUCAGCGAGCGUGCCUCGGGAAACUCUACCUUCCUGCCCACGGACUACAGCAAGUGUUGCUACGGAUACUGCAUUGACCUGCUGGAGAAACUGGCAGAGGACUUGCGCUUUGAGUACGACCUGUACAUCGUGGGUGACGGGAAGUAUGGAGCGUCGAAGAGCGGCCGCUGGACAGGGCUGGUGGGCGACCUGCUCAAUGGCGUGGCCGACAUGGCCGUCACCUCAUUCAGCAUUAACUCAGUGCGUAGCCGCGUCAUCGACUUCACCUCGCCCUUCUUCUCCACCUCGCUAGGCAUCCUGGUGCGCAGCAAGGACACAGCGGCGCCCAUUGGCGCCUUCAUGUGGCCCCUUCACUGGUCCAUGUGGGUGGGUAUCUUCGUGGCACUGCACAUCACCGCCCUCUUCCUCACCCUCUACGAGUGGAAAAGCCCUUUUGGCAUGACGCCACACGGACGCAACCGCCUGCGGGUCUUCUCCUACUCAUCGGCGCUCAACCUGUGCUACGCCAUCCUGUUCGGCCGCACGGUCUCCAGCAAGACGCCCAAGUGCUGGACGGGUCGGUUUCUGAUGAACCUGUGGGCCAUCUUCUGCCUGCUGGUGCUGUCCAGCUAUACAGCCAACCUGGCCGCCGUCAUGGUCGGCGAGAAGACCUUCGAGGAGCUCUCGGGGAUCCACGACGCCAAGCUCCACCACCCGUCCCAUGGUUUCAGGUUUGGGACGGUGAGGGAGAGCAGUGCCGAGGAGUACAUGAAGAAGAGUUUCCCAGAGAUGCACGAGUACAUGAGGCGCUACAAUGAGCCCACCACACCUGAUGGAGUGUCCACCCUCAAGGUAGAUCCCCCUCAGCUUGAUGCCUUCAUCAUGGACAAGGCCCUGCUGGACUACGAGGUGUCCAUCGACGCAGACUGCAAGCUGCUCACCGUGGGCAAACCCUUCGCCAUCGAAGGCUAUGGAAUAGGCCUACCGCAGAACUCCCCUCUGACCAACAACGUGUCAGAGUUCAUCAGUCGCUACAAGUCAGACGGCUACAUGGACAUGCUGCACGACAAGUGGUACAAGGUGGUGCCUUGUGGGAAGAGGGUGUUCGCCGUCACCGAGACUCUCCAGAUGGGCAUCCGUCACUUCUCAGGGCUGUUUGUGCUGCUGUGUGUGGGCGUGGCCACGUCGCUGCUCACCCUGGCUGGGGAGCACGCCUUCUAUCACAUGGUGCUGCCCCGCAUUCGACGCCGACAAAAGUACAAGUACUGGCUCCACACCAGCCAGAAAAUCCACCGAGCCCUGAACCAGACCUAUGAGGACGUGAAGAAGAAGCAGGACACCAACACAGAGAAAAGUAGCUGCUGCAUCCAGAAGAACCAGCACCCCCAGCCUCCCCCUGACCCCCUUCUCUCCAGGGCAUCGGCCAAGUGGAACAACGAGAACAGCAGGGACGCUGCAGCCGCUAAGGACAACAAGCGCGUACACUUUAACCUGGAGACCCUCAACAGCCGCCGCCUGCUAGCCCGGGCCGUGACCAAGUCCGAAGGGGGGAGAGGGGGGGAAGGUAUCCCUGGGGCUAACCAGGCAACACGUGUCUGUGCAAACGGAGGCUUCGGGACUUCCUUUGCCAGCCUGGUGCUCUCCCUCCCCUCCUCCUCUUCUUCAUCCAUCCCUUCAUCUUCCUCCUUGGGCGUUCCUCCAAGGCCAGGGGAGCUACAAGAGCUACAGGAGAAGAUCGACCUGAUCCGGGAUCAGCUAAGGACGGCUCUGGCCAGGAGGGCUGAGCUGCAGACUUCUCUGGCCAAGGAGAAGGCUGCCUGCUCUGCACCCAUAGUGUCAGGAAUGCCCCCCGUGGUUUUAGCCGCAGCAUCCCUCCACACCUCCACCAAAACCACCUCGUCCCUCCCCUCCACCCGCUGUGCCACCACCAUGACAGACCCUGUCCUCAAGGCCCUGCCCACAGUCCGCACAGCCCCCGCCAAACACACCAACGAGAAGAGGUGA